GGGGGUGUUUGUUUGUUUGAAAACGUGGUUAGAAAAGCACGUGUUUAUGUUUUCUUGGAAGAAACUCGCCUUUUCUCUUAGUACAGCUACAGCUGUUAUAGGUGUUGUCUUGCUAUAUAAAUUUUUUAGAAGGAAAAAGGGUUUGCAUCAUAAAAUUUAUAUCUGUAGUUGCUUAGAAGAUUGGGAAAAGAUUGAAGAUGAAUUUACUUCAGCAUGCAUUACACAAAAAGUGGUUGGUUUUGACUGCGAAUGGACUUAUCGAAAAGGCAACCGACAACCCAUUGCACUAAUGCAGAUUGCCACAGCACGUGACAUUUGUGUGUUGUUUCGUUUGUGUAAAUUUAAAAGUGCUCCUCCUUUUAGACUAUUAAGACUUUUAGCAAAUCAUCGUAUUUUGAAAGUAGGCAUUGAUAUAGAUGGAGAUUAUUCAAAGUUACUCAAUGAUUAUGGUAUAUUAAUUAAAGGUUGUUUAGAUUUGAGAUACAUGAUAGAACUCAUUCCUGAAGCUCAACAUAUUAAAGGAAAGGGUCUUUCUGCAAUUUCAGAAGCUGUUUUAGGAGAAAAAUUGAACAAGAGUAGAGAAAUUAGGUGUAGUAAUUGGCAGAAAAACAUAUUGAGCAAGCAACAGGUACCAUCUAUGACAAAGACCACACCAAGUAUUCGUAAUAAUCUAAUACCACUCUAA